AGGAGGAGUACUAGAAGCAGUUCUAGACAUUCCCCUUGUGUCCUCCUCCCCCAAUCCUCUAUUAAAGGCCUGCGUUAGUAACCAUGGGCCAGGAUAGUUCCUUUUCAACCCGCCUCCUGCCGCGAUCAUCUCGGCCUCCGGACGUAAAAAUCCACCCCCACCCCCAUCCCUACCCCCAGUUCCCCAAGGCCGAGACGUGAGUGGCUGCAGCUACCACCAGGUUUGCCAACCAGCAGGAGAGGGGGGAGGAGCUCAGGCAGUUUGCACUCUCUCCCUCUGCUCUUUGAAAACAACCAGAAAGACUUGAAAUGGGCUUAGGAGGAAAGGUUGGCGGGGGACUUGUUUUAGUCAUAAAGGUGACUUGUUUUUAGAACUGAAGGAGAACACUAACCGCUCUGACAUUUGGGAAGCCGAACCACUGGGUCUCCAGCAGACAGCAGUCUAGAGUUACUGUGUGGCUUUCACCCUCAACUACGAGCUGAAAGGCACAGCUUUCAGAAAUGUCAGAAAUCCUCCGGGAACUAGUCUAUGUUUCUGAAAAGGCAGCAAACAUUGCCCGGGCCUGCAGGCAGCAAGAAUCGCUUUUCCAACUACUAAUAGAAGAAAAGAAAGAAGGAGAAAAGAACAAGAAAUUCAUAAAUGACUUCAAGACAUUGGCUGAUGUGCUGGUACAGGAAGUUAUAAAACAGAAUAUGGGAAACAAGUUUCCAGGCUUGGAAAAUCAUAUUUAUGGAGAAGAAUCCAAUGAAUUUACUAAUGAGCUGGGAGAAAAGAUCACAGUUAAAGUAUGUCCAACAGAAGAAGAAACUGCACAACUUCUUAGUAAGGUUCUUAAUGGUAACAAAUUGGCAUCUGAAGCACUGGCCCAAGUUGUCCAUCAAGAUAUUUCAUUUGAUGACCCCAGUCUGGAUUUGGUGCAAAUCGAUAUUCCACAAGAUAUCAUGGGAAUGUGGGUGGAUCCCAUAGAUUCUACUUAUCAAUACAUAAAAGGGUCUGCUGACAUCAAACCUAAUCAAGGGAUUUUUCCAUGUGGACUUCAAUGUGUAACUAUAUUAAUUGGUGUUUAUGAUAGACAAACAGGGGUGCCUUUAAUUGGAGUCAUCAAUCAACCAUUUGCAUCACAAGAUGUAAAAACACUCAGGUGGAAAGGGCAGUACUUUUGGGGUCUUUCUUAUAUGGAUUGCAACGUUCAUUCACUUCAGCUUUCCAAUGAGAAUGGAAAUGAUGGUGAAGCAGCGAGUCAGCUGGCUGAAAAGGCUAACUGUGAACCUAAAUUUACCCAGCAUUUUUCUGCCGUCAUUAGUACAAGUGAAAAGGACACUAUCAAAGCAGCACUAUCCAAUAUAUGUGGUGAAAAUGUUUACGGGGCAGCUGGAGCUGGGUACAAGAGCCUUUGUGUUGUACAAGGUCUUGUUGAUGUUUAUAUCUUUUCUGAGGAUACCACAUUCAAAUGGGACUCCUGUGCAGCUCAUGCCAUAUUGAAGUCAAUUGGUGGAGGAAUGGUGGAUUUGAAGGAGUGCUUAAAAAGAAACCCAGAUACUGGGCUUGAUUUGCCAUACUUGUUGUACAAUGUGGACAAUCAAGGAGCUACUGGUGUAGAUCGAUGGGCCAAUAAAGGUGGACUUGUCGCUUACCGAUCACAGCGACGGCUAGAAACAUUCCUGAAUGUGUUGAUCACAAACUUGUCACUUUCUAGUACAUUGACAUAGAUUGGCACCUACAAUCAGUGUACAUUUGUCUUACACCAUAACAGUAUUUCUGCUUACCUUUAUCUCUAAAAUAGCUUUGUAUUAUUUUAUGGUUAAAUAUUCAAGUUCAUCCUAGAAACUGCAAUUCCUAUUUGCACUUAAAAGCAGUUUGUUUUCUUUUACUAUGCUCUAAAAAUGGAUAAUUCUAACCUUUGAGAUUGAAGAAUUUUUUGUAAACUAAAGUAGUUUAGUUUACUUUCUCAAAAGAACACAAGAUUGAUGUCUGCUCCCUGCCCUCUCGUGGCUAUUUGGAGAAUCUGCAGUAUUCUCUGUCAAAGUACUGAACUCUUAAUGGGAGGAUAUUUAGUAUGCAGACAAUUGAAAUUUCAAAUCAUGGUCCAUAUUCUGAUUUUUUCUUUGUAUUUCCUUCUAGGAUUCUCUGAUUAUCACUGUGUACAAAUAAACAUUAGUUAAUCUGAACCAAUCAAUAUUUAUUACUAAAACUUACAACAUCGGGUACUGUGCUAAGUGCGAUUGAUACAAAAUGAGGCAAAAAAUCCUCAAAAAGUUCACAAUCUAAUGAUUGAAUCAAGAUAAACUUAUUCUACUAUUUGUAAAAGCAGUUCAUUUUGACAUAUUAGCUUUCUCCCUAGAGUUGCUUAAGCUUUUUGCAGAUAUUCUGUAAAAUGAGAUGAGUAAAUUGGUAGGAAUUAUUAUCUAUAUUUUAGGAAAACUAGUGAAGACCAGAUCAGGUGACUGUGAAAUCUAAUGUUCCUCACUGAUGUAAAUCAUUUAAUUUACAAAAUGCUCAGUUGGUCUUUUUGUUUAACAGCUUCACACAAACCAGUUUUGUUUUGUAAACCAGGGUAUCUUAUUUAUUUUCUUCCUUUUUUUUUUUUUUUGAUUAUUGUAAUUAUUAUGUAUAAUAACAUAUAUAUGAUAAAAAACCAAACUGGAAUAAAGAACUAUGUAGCAUGCAGUAGUGCUAAGAUUAUGUUCUUUUUUUUUUUUUGUCUAUAAUUUGAGUAAAUGAUUGCCAUAUAUGUAACAGGGUUUUAGAGACUCUGAGCCUCAUAUAGAAUCAGGUGCAUUCAUUCGUUGGUAGUAACAACUGUAAACUUCCAACUCUUAGCCUAUGUGAUUCAUGACCUUUAUUCAUUCUUCUUUUGGGUGCUAAGGCAAUAAAGGAUUAUGUGUCGA